AUGCCCAAAGAAUACAAGUUAGUCGUUGUUGGAGGCGGAGGUGUGGGAAAGUCCGCCAUCACCAUCCAGCUAAUCCAGUCGCAUUUUGUGGAUGAGUACGACCCGACCAUCGAGGACUCCUACCGCAAGCUGUGCGUUGUUGACGGGCAGCAAGUCAUCUUGGAUAUCUUGGACACUGCUGGGCAAGAGGAGUAUCUGGCCAUGAGGGAACAAUACAUGCGUACUGGCGAAGGUUUCUUGCUUGUGUACGCCAUCAACUCCAGAAACUCCCUCGAUGAGUUGCUGGUGUUUUACGAACAGAUCCAGAGAGUGAAGGACUCCGACAACGUGCCUGUGUUGGUGGUGGGCAACAAAUCCGACUUGGAGAUCGAAAGACAGGUGUCCUAUGAAGAGGGCUUGGCGUUUGCCAAAUCCUUGGGUUGUCCAUUUAUGGAAGCUUCCGCCAAGCAAAGAAUCAACGUCGAGGAAGCCUUCCACGGAUUGGUCCGCACCAUCAACACCAAAGAAGCUUCGGUCAGUGCGGAGUUGGCUGGCGAAUCUGCAGACCCAAAUGCACCAAACGCUACUGCCACUGCGCCGGAUGACCUUGCUGCGUCGGCCCUCGCUAAUAAUGACGCCGACAAUGCCGCUGAGGGAACCGCCGUUGCUGGGGACGACAAGGCAGCUCCAUCGAGCGCACCCCAAAGAAAGACACAAAAUUCCUCCACCACGCUGAGCAAAGAAAAGAGUGGAUGCUGUGUCAUUGUCUAG